AUGAGUGUGAAGGGCGCGCCGUGGUGGCGCCGAGGGCCGAUAAGGUGCAUCGCCGCCCUGUUGGUCGUCGGCACCGUCUACCUGGCCAGCCACGACAUCAAGCUCCGUCCCGCCACACAUUCACAGCAGAACAUCUCCAAGCUCGACAAGUACUUCAUGAGACACUUUAGUCUCCGGCCAACUUGCCCGAAUGGAACGGUGACUGUCAAGCAGAUAGUGGAGGAGGAGAGUGAAGAUGCACAAUUUCCGCCUGACUUGUUUACGCUGGAUCAGCGGCAAAAAGGAGCUGUACUCCUCCACGUCGUCGGCCUCAUCUACAUGUUCGUGGCGUUGGCCAUCGUCUGCGACGAGUUUUUUGUCCCUUCAUUAGCCGUCCUCACCGACACGCUGGCGAUUUCAGAUGACGUGGCAGGCGCCACCUUUAUGGCUGCCGGCGGGUCCGCUCCAGAAUUCUUCACCUCCGUCAUCGGCGUGUUCAUCGCCCAAAAUAAUGUGGGCAUCGGGACCAUCGUCGGGAGUGCUACCUUCAACAUUCUCUGCGUGCUCGCCUGCUGUACCCUAUUUUCGACUACGGUGCUCCAGUUGACGUGGUGGCCAUUGUUUAGGGACGUCUCCAUCUACAUCGUAGCCCUCUUCCUCCUCGUCAUCUUCUUUUUGGACGAGAAGAUCACAUGGCCAGAGGCGCUAUGCCUUUUCUGUAUCUACCUCUUCUAUUGUACAUUCAUGAAAUUCAACGAGCAGGCUGAGCGCUUUGUAAAAGUGCGGCUGCUCGGCGAGAAGAUGGAGGAGUUGGACGCCGGCUCCGACGACCUGGAGGCGAUGAAGAAUGGAAAUACGGAAGGAGCCGACGGGAAAAAGGAGUGCCAUCCACCCGGCCAGCCACAAGAGCUAACGAACGGCGAUGCCGAGCCGUGGAGUCGAGUGGGCCGCGGGUCGUUUAGACACAACCCAAUGGAUCCGCGGCGAUGCUCGAUCGGUGCGCGCAGGCAGUCAAUUCCGAUCCUGCACUCCGGCUCGAUGUUCCGGAACGGGAUCAUCAACCUGAUGGGGAACACGCUGGCCGAGUUGCCGGAAGUCAGCCAGCACAAGCGGCAUUCGGUCAUUGACGAAAUCAAGUCACUGCUCGAAGAGGACGAGGAGAAGCCGCUGGACAUGUCGUGGCCGGAGGAGCCGAUGAAGAGAUUAACCUACGUUUGUCUCGCCCCUAUCCUGAUCCCGAUGUGGGUCACGAUACCGGACGUCAGGAAGGAGGGUGUCCGGAAAUGGUAUCCCGUCACUUUCGUCACUUCUAUCCUAUGGAUCGCCUUCUUCUCCUAUCUGAUGGUGUGGUGGGCGAACACAAUCGGAGAGACGCUACAAAUCCCAACAGAGGUGAUUGGGCUGACGAUUCUGGCGGCCGGUACGAGUAUUCCGGAUUUGAUUACCAGUGUGAUCGUCGCCCGGAAAGGGCUCGGCGAUAUGGCCGUCUCCUCGUCAGUUGGCUCAAACAUUUUUGACGUCUGUGUUGGGCUACCUGUACCGUGGCUUCUCUACUUUGUCACACAGCCACUAUUACAUCCAGGGGAGCCGGACUCAAUUUCUGUAUCAAGCAAGGGCCUCCUCUGCUCGGUGGGGAUGCUCUUCAUCAUGUUGGUCGUGCUCGUCCUAGCCAUUUUCGUCUCAAAAUGGCAAAUGAAUAAGAUUUUCGGCGUGUUGAUGAUCGUCUCCUACAUCGCGUUCUGCAUCUUCUCCGUCAUGCUCGAGACGGACAGGAUGCAUUGCCCCUUGAAUUUCUGC